AUGGACGAUCCAGGGCCAUCAUCGACCUACUACCGUUCAUUCGCCUCCACUGCCGAUGGACCAAUCCAUCCACCUUCACCACCCCAAUCACCUCUCCUUACCCCUUCCCUACCAUCUCACCGGCACGAAGCGGAUCUUUAUGCGCUGCUCAACUUACCUAGAGAAGCUAGUGAAUCUCAGAUUAGAGAGCGGUACAGAACACUAGUCACGACCUUUCAUCCUGAUCGACAGAAAAAUCAACAUGAUCGAUUAAUAGCCCACGAACGAUUUACAGAAAUUCAAAGGGCAUAUGAGAUAUUGAUAGAUGAUAAUAAACGUAUGAUAUAUGAUUUGUUCGGCGAAGAAGGUCUCAAGACUUCCUGGGAACUAGGUCCAAAGAACAAAUCGAAGGAAGAAUUAAGAUCAUAUUUCAUUCAGCAAGCCAAUCAUAAGAAAAUAUUAGAACUGGAAAAUCUAGUAAAAAGCAAAUCUGAAAUUGAACUUGUCUUAGAUUCAAGAGCUGUUUUCUUGCCCAAAUCAUUCUGGAAAGAUCCUUCCAUCGUAUCGCACGAUCCGAUCUCUAGACUUGGUAGAGUAAGACCAGGUAGAUCAAUUAUAAAACAUUCUUUCGAAGUUCCCCUUAAAGAUAAUCUACAAGUCAGUAUAGAAGGACAAGCACUAUCGAGAAAUGGAAAAGGAGGAUCGAAUGUAUUAGGAACGAUAAAGUAUCAGUAUUCACCUAGAUUAUGGAUAGAAUUUAGUAGUUCGGCUUUACAACCUCGUGUGGGACGAUUGAAAGGGACUUAUACGGUUGAUGAAGAUCAGUAUAUCACCUGGAAUAUUGUUCAACAGACUUUGGGUAAUCCACCCCAGGUGGGGGUGACGUAUGGAAGGAGGUUGUAUAGUGAUUCGACAGGAUUCAUAUCCUACGAAUCCGGUUCCUACUCUCUCGGUCCAUGGGGAUCCGAAUCGCCCCUCUCCGUACCCUCAUCCCUCUCCGUUGGGGUUACUACCACCCGCCGCAAUGGAACUGGCUGGACCGUUCAAACUACCGCUGGACUAGGUGCAUCUCGCCUAGCGGCAGAUUGGUCGACCAAAAUCCCCGGUGGACUGAAACUGAAAUUUGGUGCGGAAGUCGGAUUAUCAUCUAGUCCUGCACUUUUCAUCAAUGCUGAUGGGAAAUUGACGGAUAACACGAGGGGAGGAGUGUUGUUGCAGUGUGAGAUUGGAGGUGGGAUAAUCAUGAAAUUGAAAUUCAACAGACUAGGACAGAGAAUAUCAAUCCCCAUCUUACUCUCUGAAAGACUUUCGCCGACCAUCUUAUUCUGCUCGACCGUAUUACCCUCAAUAACUUACCUAGGAGCAUACAGGUAUAUAAUCUUACCUAAUAAGAAGAAACGUCUUAGAGAACGUAUAAAUGAGCUGAGGGAGGAGAAUAAAGAUUUCAUAUUGCAGAAGAAGCAUGAAGCGCUAGAUGCUGUCUCCCUCAUGGAGAGGGAGGUUGAGAAGAAGAUUAGGACAGAGAGGGAAAGGAAUGGCUUGAUAAUCGUUUCUGCCCACUAUGGCUCAUCCUCAUCAUUUACAUCGAGAGGUAUCAAGCAAUCGGAGAAAGAAGAUGAAGAAGAGAUAAUAGAUGUUACUAUACCGGUUCAAGCUUUAGUACAGGAUAGUAAAUUGUAUAUACCGGGUGGGAAAGGUAAAUUCAACAUUAUAGGAUUUUGGGAUCCAUGUAUUGGUGAAAACAAAUCGUUAAGAGUUAGAUAUCUGUUUAGAGGUAAAUUACAUGAAGUGACAGUUGGAGAUACGAUAUCUCUCAGAGCUCCUGUCAAAGCUCACGCAUUGGAUGACGUAUAA